GGAAGACGUGCUUAUGUUUGGUAAAGUGAUCACAAGGUGUUCGAUAUAAUACCUGAGAGAAAUUACACAGGUUUCUUCUGAUUCUUAGAGUGAGUUGGGUUUCCGAGGGUGAAGAUGAUGUUCUUGGACGUUUGCAAUGAGAUUAUAAAGAUCCAGAAGCUACGACGGGCUGUCUCUUACGCUGGAUUCUAUUGCUUCACUGCCGCCCUCACAUUCUUCUACACAAACAACACAACAAGAGCAGGAUUCUCAAGAGGAGAUCAGUUUUAUGCAUCUUACCCUGCCGGUACCGAACUUCUUACCGACACAGCUAAGCUGUACAAAGCGGCGCUUGGGAAUUGCUAUGAAUCUGAGGAUUGGGGUCCUGUCGAGUUCUGCAUCAUGGCUAAGCAUUUUGAGCGCCAGGGAAAGUCUCCAUACGUUUACCACUCUCAAUACAUGGCUCACCUUCUUUCUCAAGGCCAACUUGAUGGAAGUGGCUAAAGCCGUCGGUUACAACUCCUUUUUAUCAGAUGUGUACCUAAUCUUGUUAUUGCAAAAUUAAACUCGGGUGCCUCGAACUUUCUUCUUUACUUACUCUUUUUCCUCAUUUGUACUGAAUAUAAGAACAUAUUUUGGUGUAUUGAGCAUGAUAUGUACGCCCACAAUGUAAUAAACACAUAAGAUCAGACCUUGAUAUGAUGUACAAACAAGUAAACACUUUUAUUGGCUUAACGAUCUGCGAUAAAC